CUGGGAGAAGAUGCCUGGGGGUCCCCGAGCCCGCCAAACCCCGCAUGCCACCAUCUUUCUCCUCUUGAUCUUCGCUGCUAGCAUGGGCCCCAGGUGCCAGGCCCUGUGGGUGGACUGGGGCCCACCAUCGGUGACGGUGAGCAUUGGGGACGAGGUCCACCUCCUGUGCAGACACAACGGCAGCAACCCCAACAUCACAUGGUGGCGCAUCCUCCAGGGCAACUCCACGUGGCCCCCGAUGAUGGAGCUCUCAAGCCCGGGCCCCAAGGGCGAGCUGGUCAUCCAGCAGGUGACCAAGAGCCACAGGGGCAUGUACAGGUGCCAGGUCAAGGAAGGCCAGAAGGUCCAGCGCUCCUGUGGGACCUACCUCCGCGUGCGUGGUGGGGACUUCAGUGGUCUUGGGCCUCGAUGCGAGUGUGGCCGGGAGGCGAGGGGAGGACUCGAGGCGCUGGGCUCUGAGCGGCACUCCCUCCUCACAGAGCCACUCCCCAGGCCCUUCCUGGACAUGGGCGAGGGCACCAAGAACAACAUUAUCACAGCCGAGGGCAUCAUCCUACUCAUCUGCGCCGUGGUGCCUGGGACGCUGCUGCUGUUCAGGAAACGGUGGCAGAACAUGAAAUUCGGGGCAGAUGUCCAGGAUGACUAUGAAGAUGAAAAUCUUUAUGAGGGCCUGAACCUCGAUGACUGCUCCAUGUACGAGGACAUCUCCCGGGGCCUCCAGGGCACCUACCAGGAUGUGGGUAGCCUCCACAUCGGAGACGUUCAGCUAGAGAAGCCGUGACCCAGCCGGGCUGCCCCCCCAGCUGGGCACCCAAACCGUGUCUCACCCCACUUCCUUGGGACCCGCUCUCUUUUCACAAUCUUUCCUGGGAGUAUCCUGACUCAACUUCCCCCUUGGGAGUGGCCACUCUUCUUCCCUCUAGACCGUCCUCAUCCCCUCCCCACACCCUAACUCAAUCCUCCCCUUACUGCCUUUCCCAGGCUCCCCCCCAUCCAGCGGGUAAUGAGCCCUUAGUCGCUGCUUCUAGGGGAGCUGAUUGUAGCAGCCUCAUUAGUGUCACCU